AUGAAGCUGUCCGGUGUCCUCUCUGCUCUUGCUCUUACCUCCGCCGUCUCGGCUACCACUGUCUCCUACGACACCGGCUACGAUGACAAGUCCCGCCCCAUGACUGCUGUCUCUUGCUCUGAUGGCAAGAACGGUCUCAUCACCAAGUAUGGCUGGAAGACUCAGGGCAACAUCCCUACCAAGUACGUCGGUGGUGUCAACAUCAUUGAGGGCUGGAACUCCGCCAACUGUGGUGGCUGCUACCGCCUCGAGUACAAGGGCAAGAAGAUCAACGUCCUCGCUAUCGACCACGCUGCCUCUGGCUUCAACAUCGGCCUCGAUGCCAUGAACGCCCUCACAAACGGCCAGGCUGUCAAGCUCGGCCGCAUCAACGCCCAGGUCUACCACGCCAGCCCUUCUGACUGCGGUCUCAAGAAGUAA